UGAGUGGGUAGGGUGAAAAUGAGGCGAGGUUCUUUCGGAUUCGAUUUAAGGCAGCUUGUCUUUAUAUCAUAAAGUAGCUCAAGAAGUAUCCAAAUCUGUCAUACAGUUUUUUCGGCUACUGCUCAUUCGGUUAUGUUAGAAAUUCGUUUAAGGGGGAAGAAUGACCACCUAAAGCCACUCCUAUUGGCAAUAUUGUCCCUUAUGACGUUUUUCCUGGAGCUUACCAUCGCGACAUAUAGUCAGUUUGACAGCGAACACUCUCCUGCUCUGUACAAUAUUCCAGCAUUUCACCUGCAAGGUAGUUUGAGAGGACUUGAUGUAAGUAAAACUGGAAACGAGAAGACUUCGACUCUUUUGUUGAACGACUCCUUUCAAAGAAGUUCGUCUGGUGCUGACCAUGGUCAGCUUGGAGCAUACUGUACCAGCAACGCUCACUGUGUAUACGGCUUGGUCUGUCUCAAUCAAACUUGUUCUUACUGUACAGUCUCGUCGCAAUGUCAAAAUAUGCAGCUGAUUUGUGACUCCUCUUCACUUCAGUGUACUCAUAAACCUCUUACAGAUUUUACAUGGAGAGAUGGACUGACCUUUGUAUUAGUAUUUAUCAUUGCUGGUCUAUCCAAUGCUGGUGGUGUUGGUGGAGGUUUCUUGUUCGUUCCAGUUUUGGUUCUCGCAACAGGAUAUCGAGCUAGCACGGCAGCAGCCAUCUCUCAAGCCUUGGUAACAGGGGCAUCCGGUGCUAAUACAUUUUAUGGAUUGAUUCGAAGGCAUCCUAAACGUGAAAGACCUCGAAUAGAUUAUGGAGUCGUCAUUCACUUCAUUCCUUCAGUACUUUGUGGUACAAGCAUUGGUGUGUUAUUAAACGAAUUAUUUCCCAAUUUUUUUACGUUAUUUGCGCUAUCUGCGCUGGUACUGUAUGUAUUUUAUGUCAGUCUUAAGAAAGGCAUUAGUUUAUGGAAGCAAGAAAGGAAAGAAGCAGAAGAUGCCAAGAAGAAGAGCGAAACUUCUCAGUCACAGCAAACUAACUCGGAGUUAACACAAAAUGACCAAGUGGCACAGGAACAACAAUGCAAUGGCCAUGAUAGUGCCGAAGAUUUCCGCGCCACAGAAUCCGCAAAUUAUUCACAUCAAGAAGAUAUUGUCGAUCAACACCCGACUACAAAUGUGUCCAUCGAGAUGGUGAACAGCGGUACUGCACAUUCCGGAGAAGAAGAUUAUCUCCCGAUAUCUGCUGCAGCUGACCCUCAAGUGAACCGUGACAUUCUUGUGAAUAAUAACGAGACAAACGAUGACGAGAAGCCUAUUUCAAAGUGUUGUGAAGUUGAUAAGGAAGUACUUCAAGCUCAGAAAGAUCUGGAGGGUUCGAUCAAAUCGGAUAUUGCUAUUCCGGUAGGCGCAGACAACGAUGAGACUGUAAAGCAUUCUUGGAAGGAUCGUUUUUACGCAUUUUGGUCGGAAUUUGAACAGAGUGUACUUGCUGUCCUAGAUAGAGUUCCUUUGCUGGGGAGGUUCAUUGACCCAGGAAGAUAUUUGAAGUCCUCCGAAGACAUUAUACAGCAUGAAAAGAAGCAGUAUCCUAUAGACUCUAUCAUUUUUGUAGUUAUUAUUUUUGUCUUUCUUGUUGUAUUUUCUUUACUUCGUGGUGGUCACUCUCCUCAUAGUUUGGCAGGAGUCCCUCUUUGUGGUGCUGGCUACGCAAUUUUAUAUGUGGUGCAGGAAAUAGGUCUCGUAUUGUUUACCUUAAUUGCAGGAAUCAGAAAUGUUCGAAUGCAGACAUUGAAAGAGCGAGUAGGGUAUCCUUUUUAUGCAAAGGAUUUUCAUUGGACCAAACUUAGAGUUAUCUAUUUCUCUCCCCUUAUGAUUAUCCUUGGAGCUAUUGGUGCCUGGGUUGGUGCAGGCGGUUCCUUUAUGUCGACUCCAAUUUUGGUUGCAGGGAUCGGAAUGGAUCCUGUCGUUGUCCAAUCUACCGCUGGAUUUAUGAACUUCACCUCCGGUUUCUCGAGUGCUCUACAGUAUAUUUUUGAUCAUCAAAUGAAAAUUGAUUACGGUCUCUCAUUGGGUGCGACCACUCUGGUAGGAUCCUUCACUGGCCUUUAUAUUUUGAAUGGUUUGGUUGCAAGAUACAAUCUUCAAGCUAUUCUGGUUAUUGUCAUGUCUAUUGUGAUGUUUGGAGCAUUUGCUGUAGAUUUGUAUGCUGGAGUGCAAGAACUGAUUGGAGUUUUAGACUUGAACGAACACUUUCCUAUACACAGUAUCUGUGCUGCCUCUUAACUGCAAAGCAAGGUUUGGUAGUUUUCAUUAAGAGAACGACUGUGUAAAGUUGUCCAAGAGGGUUUCAAGUUACUGUUAUUAGCAGUAAACUUUGUAUGAAUAAAUAAAGUGUCCAAGUU